CUCUUGCGUCGCGCGCUCCCGUCUCUCUGACAUUCCGCCUGCUCUCACGUGCUUUCUGUGUAUAAAAGGGUCCCAGUCUGUGCUCAUCAUGACCAGUGUGUCGCCAGACAAACGGAUGAAAAUGGAGUCAGCGCUGAACCAGCUGAAGAAGUACACCGUGGUGGUGGCGGACACCGGAGACUUUAACGCCAUUGACGAGUACAAGCCUCAAGAUGCCACCACUAACCCGUCCCUUAUCCUGGCUGCUGCCAAGAUGCCAGCCUACCAGCACCUGUUGGACCAGGCCAUUAAAUACGGCAUCGCCAAAGGCGGAACUGAAGAGGAGCAGGUAGCAAACACUAUGGACAAGCUGUUUGUGAGUUUCGGGCUAGAGAUCCUCAAGAAGGUCCCAGGCAGAGUUUCGACUGAGGUGGACGCCAGACUGUCUUUUGAUAAAGAUGAAAUGGUGGCUAAGGCCCUGAGGCUCAUUGCUCUCUACGAAGAAGCAGGCAUCAGCAAGGAGCGUGUCCUCAUCAAGCUGUCAUCUACAUGGGAGGGGAUUCAGGCCGGCAGGGAGCUGGAGGAGAAGCACGGCGUUCACUGCAACAUGACCCUGCUGUUCUCUUUUGCCCAGGCUGUAGCCUGUGCAGAGGCAAAAGUCACACUUAUAUCACCCUUCGUUGGACGCAUCCUCGACUGGUACAAGGAGAACACAGACCGCAAAAGCUACGAGCCACAUGAAGACCCAGGUGUAGUGAGUGUGACCAAGAUUUACAACUACUACAAGAAGUAUGGCUACAGCACCGUGGUGAUGGGCGCCUCCUUCAGAAACACAGGGCAGGUGAAAGCCCUGGCAGGCUGUGACCUGCUCACCAUCUCCCCAGGGCUGCUAGGAGAGCUCAACCAGGACCACAGCGCCAUCACAGAGAUGCUCAAAGUGGAGAAAGCCAAGGCCUGCGACCUGGAGAAGAUCCACCUGGAUGAGAAGGACUUCCGCUGGCAGCACAACGAAGACCGCAUGGCCGUGGAGAAACUGUCGGACGGCAUCCGCAAGUUCGCUGCUGACGCCAUCAAGCUGGAGACCAUGAUCAAAGAGAAAAUGCUCAAUGCGAAAAACGGCCAGUAAUGGACAGACUUGGCGUCUCCGGCUGCACUGACGGGAAGUAUAAGGUGUUAGUAGGCUGCCUUCUUUGACUACAACUACCUGAGUGAAGGUCCAAAGCACCAGAAGGCCUUCCCUCUCCUCAUCUGACCAAACUACAGAGACGUUCCUCCUGAAUGGACACCCGUCCUCUCUUACGCUGGGAUUAAUGCUGUGUGUUUUCUGACCAAACAUAAAUGGUGACUGAUGCUAAUGCGGGUGUGGAGCUGCAGUAACAAAGUCUAAUAUUUGCUAUAAAUUUGACCAGAAAGGGAUCAACUUUGCAGAUAAAAAUGUCUUAAUGAGACUUAGUCUCACUGAGUAAUAUGUGACUACUAGAACGGACCAUGAGCACUUGUUGGAAGGACAGGACCACAAUUUUUCUAUCGACAUUCGGACAGGGCAGAACUUGAUAAAAACCAUUGUCUCAUCAUUCCUCAGAAUUUUUUGCUCUUUGAAUAAAUAAAAAAAUCUCAGUCAUUA